GGCCCCCGGCGAGGUUCACUGCGCUUGCGCUGACAGACGCAAGAUGGCGGACAGUGCGGAACUAAAGCAAAUGGUUAUGAGCCUUAGAGUUUCUGAACUCCAAGUACUGUUGGGCUACGCUGGGAGAAACAAGCACGGACGCAAACACGAACUUCUCACAAAAGCCCUGCAUUUGCUAAAGGCUGGCUGCAGUCCUGCUGUACAAAUGAAAAUUAAAGAACUCUAUAGGCGGCGGUUCCCCCAGAAAAUCAUGACACCCGCGGACUUGUCCAUCCCCAACGUACAUACAAGUCCUAUGCCAGCAACUUUGUCUCCAUCUACCAUUCCACAACUCACUUACGAUGGUCACCCUGCAUCAUCACCGUUACUCCCUGUUUCUCUUCUGGGACCUAAACAUGAACUGGAACUCCCACAUCUUACAUCAGCUCUUCAUCCAGUCCAUCCGGAUAUAAAACUUCAAAAAUUACCUUUUUAUGAUUUAUUGGAUGAACUGAUAAAACCCACCAGUCUAGUAUUGGAGGAAUGGAGACUCAGAGCAGAUGAGUACCUCAGGUCACAUGCAUCAGACAACAGUCAGCGCUUUCGAGAAACCUGUUUUGCAUUUGCAUUGACCCCACAACAAGUACAGCAAAUCAGUAGUUCCAUGGAUAUAUCUGGGACCAAAUGUGACUUCACAGUUCAGGUCCAGUUAAGGUUUUGUUUAUCAGAAACCAGUUGUCCACAAGAAGACCACUUCCCACCCAAUCUUUGUGUGAAAGUGAAUACAAAACCUUGCAGCCUUCCAGGUUAUCUUCCACCUACUAAAAAUGGGGUGGAACCAAAGCGACCUAGCCGACCAAUUAAUAUCACCUCACUUGUCCGAUUGUCCACCACAGUACCAAACACCAUUGUUGUUUCAUGGACUGCAGAAAUUGGAAGAAACUAUUCCAUGGCAGUAUAUCUUGUAAAACAGUUGUCUUCAACGGUUCUUCUUCAGAGGUUACGAGCAAAGGGAAUAAGGAAUCCGGACCAUUCUAGAGCUUUAAUUAAAGAGAAAUUGACUGCCGAUCCAGACAGUGAAAUAGCUACAACCAGCCUAAGGGUUUCUCUGCUUUGUCCACUUGGGAAAAUGCGGCUGACAAUUCCAUGUCGGGCCCUUACAUGUUCUCAUCUGCAGUGUUUUGAUGCAACUCUUUAUAUUCAGAUGAAUGAGAAAAAACCAACAUGGGUUUGUCCUGUCUGUGAUAAGAAGGCCCCAUACGAGCACCUUAUUAUUGACGGCUUGUUUAUGGAAAUCCUAAAAUACUGUACAGACUGUGAUGAAAUACAGUUUAAGGAGGAUGGCUCUUGGGCACCUAUGAGAUCAAAAAAGGAAGUACAGGAAGUUUCUGCCUCUUACAAUGGAGUUGAUGGAUGUUUGACCUCCACAUUGGAGCAUCAGGUGACUUCUCACCACCAGUCUUCAAAUAAAAAUAAGAAAGUAGAGGUGAUUGACCUAACCAUAGACACUUCAUCUGAUGAAGAGGAGGAAGAGCCAUCUGCCAAGAGGACCUGUCCUUCUCUGUCUCCCACAUCACCACUAAAUAAUAAAGGCAUAUUAAGUCUUCCACAUCAAGCAUCUCCAGUGUCCCGCACCCCAAGCCUCCCUGCUGUAGACACAAGCUACAUUAAUACCUCCCUCAUCCAAGACUACAGGCAUCCUUUCCACAUGACACCCAUGCCUUAUGACUUACAAGGAUUAGAUUUCUUUCCUUUCUUAUCAGGAGACAAUCAGCAUUAUAACACCUCCCUCCUGGCUGCUGCAGCAGCAGCUGUUUCAGAUGAUCAAGAACUCUUGCACCCGUCUCGGUUUUUCCCAUAUACCUCCUCCUCGCAGAUGUUUCUCGAUCAGUUAAGUGCGGGAGGCAGCACUUCUCUGCCAACCACCAAUGGAAGCAGUAGUGGCAGUAACAGCAGCCUCGUGUCCUCCAACAGCCUAAGGGAGAGCCAUAGCCACACCGUCGCAAAUAGGAGCAGCACGGACACGGCGUCCAUCUUCGGCAUCAUACCAGACAUUAUUUCGUUAGACUGAUCCCUGCCCCUGCUGCUCCCACCCCACCCCAGAUUAAAUGAACUUGGCAGAAAGAAGAGAACUUUGUGCUGUUUUACCUUAUACUGUUUAGAAACGUACACAAGCGUGUUUUUUUCCUUUUUUUAGGGAAAAAAUUAAAAGAAAUGUACAGAGAA